AUGGGGAACAGCCACUGUGUGCCCCAGGCUUCCAGGAGGCUCAGGGCCUCCUUCUCCAGAAAGCCCUCGCUGAAGGGCAGCAGAGAGGAUGGCACCAGGAAGCUGGCCGGCCUGUUUGGCUCCGAGGCCAGUCCGGACGACGGGGACACCGCGGCCGACAAGAUCUUCUGCUACAUCCCGGGGACGGACCUCCCGGGCCUGGAGAGCCAGCAAGAACACCUGGACCAGCCGUUCCUGAGCGUUUUCAAGAAAGGGCGGCGCAGGGUGCCUGUGAGGAACCUGGGCAAGGUUGUGCACUAUGCCAAGGUCCAACUGAGAUUCCAGCAUAGCCAGGAUGUCAGCGACUGCUACCUGGAGCUGUUUCCUUCCCACCUCUACUUCCAGGCCCACGGUUCUGAGGGACUCACUUUCCAGGGGCUGUUACCGCUGGUGGAGCUGAGCAUCUGCCCGAUGGAGGGCUCCAGAGAGCAUGCCUUCCAGAUCACAGGCCCACUGCCUGCCCCCCUGCUGGUGGUCUGCCCCAGCCAGGCUGAGCUGGGCUGCUGGCUCUACCAUCUGGAAAAGCAGAUGGCCCUGCUGAGAGGCCUGCAGCGCUGCCACUCAGCUCCCCCGCAGGGGCCCCCUGAAGACCAGCUCCCCUGGAGCCUGCAGCACAGGCUGACCCAGCUGCGGACCGCAUGGGGUCGCCAAGUGGUGGGCAGUGCCAUCUGCGCCUCGAGGGUCAAGCUGCAGCAUCUGCCAUCACAGGAGCGAUGGGACCGGAUCCUGGUGCUGUACUCGACUUCCCUGGCCAUUUUCUCAGAGGAAGCAGACGGGCUUUGCUUUAAGGGGGAGCUUCCACUCAGCGCCAUCCACAUCAACCUGGAAGAGAAGGAGAAGCAGAUCCGCUCCUUCCUGAUUGAAGGCCCCCUCAUCAAUACCAUCCGGGUGCUAUGCGCCAGCUACGAGGACUACAGCCACUGGCUGCUCUGCCUGCAGACCAUCUCCCACCGGGAGGGAGCGCCCCUGCUGCCUGGCCCGGAGGGCUUGCCGGGGCUGCGGGCAUCCCCCCAGGUCCUGGGCAGUGGCCGAGGCUCACUCUCCUCAGAUGGACAGACCAGCUGGGACUCGGGGUACCCAGCACCCCACUCUAACCGCACCAGCCGUUCCCUCCCCGAGUGCUCAGUUCCGUCCAGAGCUGGCUGCCCUGCCCAGCCUGUAUCUGACCAGGCCAACCCUGGCUGGACCAGCGUCAGUGGGCAGAAGGCAGAGCUAAGACGGGGCGGCAGCAGUCGGUCACCCAGGAGCAAGGCCCGGGGUGAGAGGCCUGGCCCAGCCACUCCGCUGCACCUGGACCUGACCAAGCUGACCAGGCCGAGCCUGGAGGGUGGCCCAGAGACCUCAGACCACUCCCUGGAAACACCUCAUUCCCCCCUCUACGCCGACCCCUACACACCACCUGCCACCUCCCACCACAAAGUCAGAGAUGUCCGGGGCCUGGGUGAGUUCCUCGCUGCAAUGAAGAGCUCGCUCGGACCCGAACCCUCGAGCCCGUUCCCCUCCGUGCCCGUGUCUGUGCCUCUCUCCAACCCCAGCUCUGGAGUCUCCAGCCCCCACUUGCUCUCCAGGAAGGGAGCCCUGCAGCCCCGGGCCACUCAGCGGCACCGGGGUUCCAUCAAGGGCCGUGGGCCCCGGCCCCCAGACUCUCCCCAGCUCGUCUCUCCUCCCAGGGAAGUUUCGCCCGACCCCCCAUUACCUCCCCCAGACGGCGGACCCCCCAGGAGCUGUGACAAAAUCUGGGACCAGGCUCCAUCUCCCUCCCGCCAGCAGAGGCCCCGAGAAGCCCCUGAGGCUGAGGGGGGACUCGCCCAGUGGAUCUGA